AUGACGAUGAUUUCGAAGAACUUGAACAACACGACGACAGAAACCAAUCUAGAGAAGCAGACAGAGCAACUUCGUCGAAGCGAUGGAGAGUUGCUGGCAGAAACCGAGAUACAAGAAUGGCAUCCUGCCGUCAAACUAGCAGCCCGAAAAUCACAGCAGGGCCAGCAGUAUCCUUAUAUCUUUGUGCCCCUUGAAAUGGGAGGUAGCGGACGCACGCAUACAGUCUCGGAAGGAUCACGCAGGCUUUUGCAAGAGGAAAUUUCUUUCCAGGACCUUCAAAACAUGACAGAACUGUUUUACAAAAAGGCCUUUGCAGACCCAACACUGGACCAAUUCAUCCGCUCUCAUAACGAUCCCCAUGGCUCUCGCUUUGCAAAAUGGAUCCAUCAAAAGCUCAGCGGCUCAACCGUGUGGGACCAAGACCGCCGAACUCGAAAUCUGGAACCAGUCGAAGUUGCAGGAGGAUACAAUCAUGUUGUGCAUGACAGAAGCUCGGCUCACGUAGCUGCUUGGUACUCAAAAAAGCGCCCCAGCAAUGAAGUCGGUCGACACUUUAAGCUGGAUGAGGCACGGGUGUGGAUGAGACUACACUUCUGGGCCAUGCGCGAGUCGGGCAUUGCCGAGAAGAGUCCCAGCUUUGCAGACUACUACUUCCGAUUCAUUGCUCAUUUUGUAAAAGUUUACGAGGCAAUGGCACCUGUAUAUGCGCGUGAUAGCCUGCGUUGGUCAGCUAAUCAAAGGAAUAUUCAAACAUAUUUGGACAAUGGUAGAGUAAUGAAGGACGUCCUGGGUCUAAGCCUGGAAGAGGCACAAUUGCAGAUUCCCGAAGAGGAAAGAAACGAUUUUGACUGGCCGUAUAACGCGUCACCGCAUUAA